CUCAGCUAAUAAGUAGCACCCAUAAGUAAGAAAGAGUUAAAGAAUACACCAUCAUGCUGCUGUUAACAUUUCUAUUUAUCGCCAUAUUCCAAACUGGGCAUGGUCAGAUAGUGCCCAGCACUGGACAUCAGCCCGCUGACCACACCAGUCUACUAUUGCAAGUCCAGAACUAUCUUCUUCAACUCCAAUCCUCUGCUGCUGACCAAAAACAAAGCCUGAUGGACAUCCAAGCCAGUGUCGCUGACCUCAAGUCAAAAGAUGCCCAGAUUGAAAAGAACUUGACACAGCAAGAUACAACUACUAGCAGCCAACUGCAGUUCCUACAGCAACAGCUGGCCAGUGCUGGAGACCAGACAGCCAACCUCACGACACAACUAAAGAAAUUAGAAACUAUUAUGAAUGCACUGCAGAUGAAAAAUUCUGAUCAACAAAUUCUGAUUAAUACUGCAAAGUCCUCCCUGGAUGUACUUUCCAGUAAUAUCUCUAGUAUAAGUUCUAGGCUUUCAAACCAAGUCAUUUCUAUAAAAUCACUAGGGUCAAGUAUGAAGCAACUAGAAGCCUCAGUUAAAAAUACAGAGAUACAAAAUGGUGAAUUGAAGAACAAAACUGCAGCUUUGAAAUUAGAAAAUGCUCUGCUCAAAAAAAGGAUGGACUUAUUGAUAAAACUGGAUGGUUUUGUGGCAUACCAGUCUUCCUGGUAUAAAUACAUCAGCCAACCUGCACCAUGGCACAAAGCUGAGGAACUCUGCCAGUUGAUCCACCCUCAGGCUCACUUGGCAGAUAUUCUGUCACAAGCAGAGAAUGACUUCAUCUUAGGACUGGCACCCACAGGUACAAACGAAGUGUUUGUAGGAGGACAUGAUAUUGUAAAGGAAGGUGUAUGGAAGUGGACAACUGGGCAACAAUUGACAUAUACCAAAUGGAAUAACGGAGAGCCGAACAGCUACAAAGGCAUGGAAGAAGACUGUAUUUUGAUGAUGGUUAAUGCAGGGGGAGCAUGGAAUGAUGAUUCCUGUGAUAAAUCUUAUUCAUUUGUGUGUAAAAUAAAGGGUUAAAUGGUUCAACGUAAUGCUGAUCUCAGAUAAUUUUCAUUUUCAAUGACUGAUAAUAUUUUUAAUUUAAGACACUCAUAGUGAUUGCAACUCUGACCAGUUGAACUUGAAAUUCAAUGCUACCUUAGGGAUCGUUUCUGAUACAUGGAUAAAUAAUGGGAACAACUAAAUUCAAAGACACUCACUAUGACAACAGUAUGUCAUUCUUAGUUACUUACAAUUUGUAGCUCAUAUCAUGUAAUUGAGACUUAUUCACAUAAUUCUUAUCAUUUACUAAUAACUUAAAGGUCUUUUCAAACUUACCCAAUUUGGGACACUUUGAAAGGUCCCAAUGUGUAAUUUUGUUAAUAAGUGUUAUACUCCCUUUCAAAAGAUCUUCACAGAUACACUUCUUGCUGUUUAUUUUUGUAAGUGGUACAGUGGUACAUAGAAUACUGCCUGGCAUGAAAAGGGACCAAGAUAAAACAAUCAACUUAUCUUACCUGAUACCAUUUGAUUAAAUAUAUUUUUACCUGAAAGUUCUUCAU